UGGCUGGAGAGCAGUUUCCCUGUGCGCUGUCACGUGGCGGGACUGCCGACCUUCCUCAAGGAGGCGGGGCCAGGGCGCUGUCACGUGACAGCACCGACCCAAUUCUUUCCUCAAGGAGGCGGGGCGAAGGUGCACAGUCACAUGACGCCACCCGUGCGCUCAUGUUCGUUUACCAGGAGGCGGGGGCGGGGCGCGCUGUCACGUGACGGGACCGCCAGGCACGACCGUUUGCUCCGCAGGAAGCAGGGAGGGCGCCGCCAUGGCCGACAACGGCCCGCCGGACGCCGGCACCGUGCAGGUGCUGCAGGACCUGGCCAACCGCCUGCGCAUCCAUUCCAUCAGGGCCACGUGUGCCUCCGGCUCCGGCCACCCCACGUCGUGCUGCAGCGCCGCCGAGAUCGUGUCGGUGCUCUUCUUCCACACGAUGAGGUACAGGCAGACGGAGCCGCGGCACCCCGACAACGACAGAUUCAUCCUCUCCAAGGGCCACGCGGCGCCACUCCUCUACGCCGCCUGGGUGGAGGCGGGCGGCGUCGACGAACCCGACCUGCUGAACUUGAGGACAAUCCACUGUGACCUGGAGGGGCAUCCCACCCCCAGACUGCCGUUUGUCGAUGUGGCGACAGGGUCGCUGGGACAGGGGUUGGGGGCCGCGUGCGGCAUGGCUUAUACCGGCAAGUACCUGGACAAGGCCGGCUACCGCGUGUUCUGCCUCAUGGGCGACGGCGAAUCUUCGGAAGGCUCUGUCUGGGAAGCGUUGGCCUUUGCUUCCCACUACAGUUUGGACAAUCUCGUGGCAGUCUUCGACGUGAACCGCCUGGGACAAAGUGGCGUCACGCCCCUGAAGCACUGCACAGACGCCUAUCGGAGUCGCUUGGAGGCCUUUGGGUGGAACACUUACUUAGUGGAUGGCCACGAUGUGGAGGCGUUGUGCCACGUGUUUUGCCAAGCAGCUCAAGUGAAGAACAAGCCCACUGCCAUAGUUGCGAAGACCUUCAAGGGCCGGGGGAUUCCAAACGUUGAGGAUGCAGAAAAUUGGCAUGGAAAGCCAAUGCCAAAAGAAAGAGCAGAGGAAGUCAUCAGACUCAUUGAGAGUCAGAUCCAGACCAACCGGAAUCUCAUUCCAAACCCCCCUGUUGAAGGUUCCCCUCAAAUCAGCAUUACGAAUAUAAAAAUGAGCUCUUUGCCUGAUUAUAAAGUGGGUGACAAGAUAGCGACUCAGAAAGCGUAUGGUUUGGCUCUGGCUAAAUUGGGCCGUACAAAUGGGAGAGUUAUUGUCCUGGAUGGUGAUCCAAAGAACACCUUUUGUGAGAUAUUCAAGAAAGAACACCCCGACCGUUUUAUUGAGUGUUUCACUGCAGAACAAAACAUGGUAAGUGUGGCGCUGGGCUGUGCCACACGUGGUCGAACCAUCGCCUUCGUCACUACCUUAGCUACCUUUUUGACCCGAGCAUUCGAUCAGAUCCGGAUGGGAGCCAUCUCUCGAACCAACAUCAAUCUCAUUGGUUCCCACUGCGGGCUGUCGGUGGUUGAGGAUGGACCCUCCCAGAUGGCCCUCGACGAUCUAGCCAUGUUCAGAAGCAUUCCUAAUUGCACUGUUUUCUAUCCGAGCGAUGCGGUCUCAACAGAGCACGCUGUUUAUCUGGCUGCCAAUACCAAAGGAAUGUGCUUCAUUCGAACCAGCGGACCAGACACCGCAGUUAUUUAUACCCCAGGAGAAAAUUUUGAGAUCGGACAGGCCAAGGUUGUCCGCCACAGCAGUAAUGACAAAGUUACAGUUAUUGGCGCUGGAGUUACCCUGCAUGAAGCCUUAGUGGCCGCUGAUGCUCUUUCUCAACAAGGUAUUUCUGUCUGUGUCAUUGACCCGUUUACCAUUAAACCCCUGGAUGCUGCCACCAUUAUCUCCAAAGCGAAAGCCACAGGCGGCCGGGUUAUCACGGUGGAGGAGCACUGCCAAGAAGGGGGCAUUGGGGAAGCUGUAUGCGCGGCUGUCUCAGGGGAGCCCGGCAUCCACGUUCAUCACCUGGCAGUGUCGGCAGUGCCUCCAAGUGGGAAACCUAGUGAAUUGCUGGAUAUGUUUGGAAUCAGCGCUAGACACAUCAUAGCGGCUGUGAAAAAUACUUUAAUGAACUAAAAUAGGCGAUUUCUUUAAAAGUCUGUCUGUUAGCAUGAGCCUUAAAACACUGGUAUGUUUCUGUUACUUUCAUGAUUGUUGUUACAAAGCUGUCAUUUGUAUCUUUCCCGUUGUGCCUUAGUUUAUUGGUUUUUUUCAACAAAGCCGUGUAACACCUUUCUUCAUUCCUAAUUCAGAAAUUCAAGUCAACUAUCUUUCUCUUAAGCUGUGAGUAUGUAUACAAAUGUCACUAUCACUUUUGAAUUAUUAAAGUGAGUGAUAAUAUUUUCAGUUGCAGAAUAGUAAACAAAACAACCACCUAAGGAAAGUUUCCUGCUAAGACUGCAAAUCAUUGACUAGGCUGGAAUCAACGUAGGGGUAACAGUUUCUUAAAUGCGUGUAAUUUCUUUGGAUGGAAAGAAGAUGUGAAUUUAAUUGUAGACUUCAGAAGCCUAGGUUUAGAAGUGAGUGUGAGCUUUCAUGUAAUGCCAUCCUCCCUGCAGCUUCUGGGAUGUUUGACUGCAGUUGCCUUGGAAUUUCCUCUGAAGUUUGCCUUCAUCUCUCCUGCAGUUUAGAGACUGAAGGGCAGCGAUAAAAUCUCUGCUGAUGUACUUGCAGUGACUUCUGUUCUGUAAAAAUAUAAAAGCCUAACUAGUUCUACUUUGCACGCUACACGAUUUUGUGAGGUUUCAGAAAUAUUUCAUUUUCUCUG